AAUGUGAUAAUUAUUAAUAAAUUACACAGCCCUCGAAGAUACAUUGUUUUUUUUUUAUCCCGUUUCUGUUGCGCGAGAGAACUGCAAUAACGAGCACGUGAUUCCUUAUCGGUUCCUGUCACGUGUUCUGAUUGUAGUGUGGUGUGUCAUCGUUUAAACUAUGUAUCGUAGGUCGUAACGUUUCCUCCUGAGGACAAUAUAAAUACAUUUUAAGAUCACAACUUGCCAUGUCAUUGAAACAAUAUAACAAUGUAGUUCCUGAACAAGGUCCACAAGUAUUAGCAAAGUAUGCGAAGGAAAUUCAUUAUGGAGAUAAAUAUUAUUUACAUGUUUACCAAAACCAGAAUACCACAAGUAGGUUUAACGAGGAAUCGAACUUACAACUUGAGAAACAAGUGCAGUCAAUUAUAUCUGAAGAAGGAUCUUUGAUAGAAGAAAAUGAAUUAUUCGAGAAAUGUAGAGGACGUCUGAAGAAUGAUUACAAGACAUACAAUGCUUAUAUGAGAUCUUUAUUUUGGGAUCACAAGAGAAAAGACUUUCCUUUAAAGGAUUAUUAUGUAGAUUUGAAGCUGCAGGAAACAGAUUACUUAGGAAAUGCAAUUGGUGACAUUGUUAACAUCAAUGAUAUAUUUCAGGAAAUUAGUGAUGGACAUAGAAACAUUCUAGUGUUUGGAGAUCCAGGUUAUGGUAAAUCUACAUUAUGCAAGAAGAUUGCGUACGAUUGGGCCGUUGAGUUGAGUUAUUUAAGCCAUUUUGACUUUGUUAUUGCACUGACAUUAAGGGAACUUCAGGGAAAAAGUGUAAUGGAUGCAACUCUAGAAGCAAUUUGUGGAAAUCAAGAAGUAGAAGUGAAGAAGAGAAUAUGGAAAGCUAAUUUAAAUAUAUUAAUUAUUUUAGAUGGAUACGAUGAAAUUAUGGAUAGAAGUUCGAUAUUACAGUUCAUAACAAAUGAUUCAUUCGAUAUUUCACGAAAUAUGACGAUUCUUGUUACAAGUCGUCCUCAUGCUGCUGAAGAAAUAAGGGAGGUUAUCAAUUCACGAUUUCUUCUUAAAGGAUUUCUACCCGAAGAACAGGAAAAAUACAUCAAAUUAAUUUUAAAACAAUUAGAAUAUGAAAUACACGAUCUUCAGUCUAUAAUAGAAGGAAAUUAUUUCUCUUCUACGUUAUCCAAAUGCCCAUUAAUGCUACAUUUGUUAUGUUGUUUGCAUAAGAACGAUUACUUAGAAAAUAUAAAAAGGAAAACAGAUUUAUAUAUUUGUAUACUUCAAUUACUUAUCAAGAGAUUUAUGAAAAAGAAUGGUGAAUGUCUCCACUUGAAGAAAGGAAAGUAUUUUUAUGGGGAAGACCUUUUAGUUCGAUUGGGAAAGUUAUUCUAUGAGAAAAAUAUAUAUACUGAAUUAGAAUUCCGCCGUCUUUUCGAGAAGAAACGAAGGAUUACAUUGGAUAAUUUAAAAGAAUUCUUUCCCCAUGACGAAGAAAUUAAAUUUAUUCUUGGUCUGGAGCUUCUCGUUCAGUGUUUUGAUAAUGAUAUUGAAUAUUUUGAUGAUUUUCAUAAAAGCUUCAAAGAAUUUCUUAUUGCUCUUUACCUUUACAAGAACACUGAAGUGUUAUUCUCUCAAUGUGCCAAUGAUUACUCUAGUAUCAUUCCUGAAGAUAAUAAUAUCAAUUACUAUAUUAUUACAUUCUACAUAGGUCUAUACGAAAGUGAUAAAAUUCCAGAAUAUUGUUUAAAUUACUUCACGAAACUUGUUUUUCCGUUACAGAUUGCUGUUGAAAUAUACAAAGAAAUCAAGAAUGAAGACAAUAAGACAAUACUUUCGAAGAAAAUGAAGAAGUUCUUCGUAGGCUUUGAAAGGUUCCAUGAUGAAAUAUUACCAGAUUCAUUCUCUCAAUUAUACUGCAUGAUAGAGUCUUAUAGAGAUUACAAUUCUUAUAAAACGCUUGUUAAGACAUUUAGGUGGCUGCAAGGACUAGUUAAACCUUCGCAUCAAUUAGAAAUAUUUAUAUUUCUGGACGUGAAACCUCACGACUUACUACCUCCACGUCCUUGGGGAAUUAACCAGUGUAAUGGACAAAUAGAGAUCAUUAGAGAUUCUAUUAUUAAUCACAAAUGGAAUAAACUUAAAAUAUAUUUCUGUGGUGUUGUAUAUAUAGAAAAAAUUAAUGUGUUUAAUCCACUCAUAUUAAGUACCGGAGUAAAUGCGUUUCCUUGGAUUUCAGUUAAAUUUUUCAGAUGUAUUGAAAAUCCUGCACAAAUACCGACAGAGGCGAGAGAAGAAAUAAGAUUAUGGGAUAUGGAUUUAAUUGCCUUGAAAUUUUAUGUAGAAGAUAAUAACUGUAGAUCUUUACUAAUACGUAAAGAUCUGUUUGAUAGUUUACAGCCUUAUAUCAGGAUUUUCCCCGAGUUGUUAUGAUGUAUUAUUUUAAAGUUAUGUAAGACACUGAAGAUAAUGGUACCCAACCUUCUUCGAUUUGUAAAGUUGUAAUUGUUUUAAAGCAGAAAAGAUUAUGAUUUUUACAUUUAUUUAGUGGAAGAAUGAUAAACAUCGAUGUCAUAAUGAACCAUGGUGUUUCAUAAGGAAGUGUCAAUAUUUUACAGCUUGUUUUAGUGGUCUGGGAUCCAAAAACUGUCCUCAAAAACAGCCUUUCAAAGGCAUUGUUUUAGCGUUAGAAAAGUUUAAAGUAGCUAUGCCGCAAAAAAGCCUCAAUCUCACUGCUUUUUAGCUUUUAUGCUGUACUAAAUUGCCAAGAAAUCAAACGAACCUUAUAGUUUUGCAAAGCGCAUGGUUCUGAAGGUAAUAAGGUAAAGAGCAGCGAGUUUGAGGCAUAGCAGUGUAUCAGAGCAGCAUCUUAAGGGAUGGAUACUCUAUUAAAUUCUUCUAGCGCUGAAACAAUGCCUUUGAAAGGUUGUUUUUAGGACGUUUUUGAUCUCCAAAUCUAUAGAACAUGCUGAAAAAUAUUAACACUUCCUUACGGAACACCCUGAACACCUUACUUUACAAAUCACUAUAGUUUCAAAUCUAUAAAAUGCAAACAAAAUAUUCUUUAUGUAAAUUUAUUUAUAUUAUCUGAAUAAUACAUAUUUUUAAUUAACAAUAAAUGAUUGUUUAAAAAUAAUUUAAAUUAUUAUAUAUAUAUUUUUUAUAGCAAACGUU